AUGGAAACUCAACGCAACCCCAAAGACUCUAUGAGGUCUACUUGGCGGCGCUCGCCUCGCUCGGAGUGGACCAUCUACCAUCGUCUCAUAGACCGUCUUGACGUUCAUCACGUCUUUCUCGAUAGGCCUGUACCCGUGCACUCAAAAGAUGACCCGGUGCCAUAUUUGCCGGACUGGCAGAUGCACAGAUGGAUCCUGAUCCAUGCCGUUAUCCCGUUGGCUAUCCACCACGCCUUUGUUUACUUCACAGGACGCAAUCUCAGUGUCAUCGGUGCAUUUGCUUUAUACCAUGUCUUCCUCACAUUUAAUAGUGUCCGCGAGAUACAAAUUCUGCGCAGACUAGGCCAUAUUCACGGCUUCCUUGAUGGAGACAAGCACGAGCGAGACGGUGUGCCAGACGUUAACGUCAAAAAGGUCUUCAUGUCACUCCUCUCAGCAAGCAACGUUCGCCCGAUGCUAGUCAUUAUUCUCGCGUACAGAAAAAACCAGCUUCCCUCCUCCAUAAGCUGGACGUGGCUCCCGGUCGAGAUUGCACUAUACGGCCUGGCCGUCGACUUCUGGUUUUAUUGGUAUCAUAGACUGAUGCAUGAUAUGGGCAGCCUGUGGCAGUUCCAUCGCACUCACCAUCUGACGAAACACCCAAACCCUUUACUGUCUCUGUACGCGGACGGCGUCCAGGAAAUCUUUGACAUGAUUGUCAUUCCAUUGUUGGCAUUCUACACCAUCAAGCAUGUGUUUGGGCUUCCCAUGGGCUUUUACGAGUUGUGGAUGUGUCAUCAGUACUUGAUCUUCACUGAGGUCUUGGGACAUAGCGGACUGAGAAUCUAUGCGACCGCGCCGACGCCACUGAGCUGGUUGUACAAAUGGCUUGAUGUAGAGGGUAUUAUUGAGGAUCAUGACUUGCAUCACCGAAGGGGCUGGAAGAGCAGUUUCAAUUACGGCAAGCAUUCGCGUGUGUGGGACACUAUUUGGGGCACAGUGACGGAUCGGGUUGAGUGCAAGGCGGGAAACAUUGACUAUGUCAAUACAGCCUCGUUUCCGAUGUGGUGA